AACAGGGCAGGACCUUAAGUCUUUUUUACUUUUGUGUGUGUCGUAUUUGUGUUGACGUGUUUGAUCACUCAGCAACAAGAAACCGUGAACAGUGUUGCUCUACUUUUAUCUUAAGGGACAUUUUAAAUUUUUUUGUUUUUUGAAAUAGCGGGGUAAACGAUAAAGAUAUCACCCUUCGUCGAGCAAAGAGUUAUGGUUGUGUCGUGCCAGUUACAUUUAUAUUUAUGCAUGAGCACAAAAAACUCGUAGUGGGGCAAGGUUAUCUUCGCUGCAACUAGCACCUUGGUUCCAUUUGCAUUUUUCUUUCAUUCUUUUUUCAUCAUCUACUUUUCUUGACUAGUUUUCUUGUGUUUGUUUACCGAAUGCUGAAUGUUACUAUUAUUGCUCGUGUUGGCAUUGUAACUGCUUGUAAAAAGGGAACGUGAUUGAAAACUCGAUUUUUUUGACAAGUGCGUGUCCGUACCCUAAAUCUAAACCUAUUGCUUUAUAGUCGUCUUUAAAAAGAAAAAAAAAAACAGCCGUACUCAUCUAAAAAUCCGAUCACGGGAUCUUGCCUUUUUCAAUCAAAACAACAGCAGCUACAUGAAUCCGAAAAAAAAGGCUAUAAAAGAAAAAUUCGAAUAGGAGCAAAAAGACAAAGAGAGAGAGGGAAGGUAGUUUGUGGCCUUCAAAUCGAAAAAGAAGAAGGUCAUCGUCGUCGAUUUGGUUCCCUUUUUUUCUUUAUUUCGUUUCGACAACACACCUGGUGCGGGCCCGACAGACUUGGAAUUCACAAUUCAAGCGAGACGACCAGAGACGGGCAGAGAACAUCACGGGCGCAAAAAUAACUACGGCAUUCACAGCUGCGACUGGCAUCAACAUUCGAAGCAUCUCACGCGAGCUCCUCCGGCCAACAUGUCUUCUUCUACCAUCAAGCAGGUGUGGCUUUCGGCUUUCAUUCUAAUGACAGCCGUAGCCAUCCGCACCGUUACAGCAACCAGUUACGAUAAAUAUGACCCAGGGUAUGGCAUCUACGAUGAUGGGUUCUCCAAUCCGAACGGCUAUUACCAUCGGAUGGGUCAGGCAAAGUACACCGUCCAACACGGCGCAGGUUACGACAAUCGAGUUCCUGUACGUCCAACAUCAAUGCCAGGACGGACGCAACAAAGAGUCGUCCUCUACGGACAAGGUCCACCGUUGCCAGCGCAAUACCAUUCGAUGGGAUUUUAUUGAAAGCGGAUGGGAUCGCGCACGUGUUUUAUGGGCAGACAUCAAAGAUAGCCAACGCAACGGCCAAUCGUUUCUACUGUGCUCUUGCGCUCUUUCUUCGUGUGCUCCUUGUUUUACAUCUACGGUAUCCUGGGCGCUGUAUUUGGACACAUCCGAAAACGUCAGCUACUUGAUAGACUCAUAGGAAUGUUUCAUCUCAACUUCUCUCGACGCCAUUAUCCCCAACAGCCGGCCAAUCCUAUUUACUAUCGUUAUUAUGAUCUUUUUUUUUUUUU